UUACGACGAAUACUGCAAUAGAAAGGAUGAACUAGUCUUCUACUUGAAGGGAAUAUACAAUUAGAUAUAUUUUGGCUGUAGUAGCCCUAUAAAUUCAUAACGGUUGUCUUCAGUACUCGACACCAAUUUAUCAGACAAAGACGACUGUGAAGAGACUUCGUUAUUUUUCCUCAAAGGUUGUUUUUAAACCUUUCUGUUUUUUUUAACGACCUUGUUGGUUUUUAUAUAUAUUUUUUUGUAGUGAGGGGACUAAUAGACCGGACAGCAAAGUGGAUUUAACGGGUGCGUCGCCGCCUUCCACUUUAUCUCCAAGAUGCUAUUGGUGUCUCCGCGGCUAGUCGACACACCUCGCAUGGAGCCCAUACUGUCUGGAUCACUGAAGAGGAGGCUGACUGCGACUGAGGGGGCCCACCAGGGGGGCUUACGGCAGGGCCAAGGGCCCGGUAACGGCCCUGGUCUGGGUCUGAACGGUACCUCCGACGGUUCCUCCAUGACCCAGGGGCACGGGGGGCCCACCAAGCGUCUCUGCCUGGAGGAUGUGACCCUCGCCAUGGGUACCAGCUUCCAGCAGAGCUCUUACUCUGGAGGACCCAGUCCAGGAGGUCAUGGAGGUCCUGGAAGUCAGGGGUCACUUGAAGGUAACAGGCUGGGGAAUGGGAACAACGGGCUAGGGUCACCCUACUCCAUGCCCCCUAAGGCGAGUCCUGGGUCUGGGGGGCCUGGAAGUGUUGGUGGAGGAGGACAAUUUCACCCCAAUGGAAGCUCCUCGUCGGCCCCAUCGGUUGAGCAGGAGCUCCAGGAUAUUCUGGAUGAGUUGACCAAGAACCCAGAUCCUUCUCUGCAGGAGUUGGAUCUGGACAAGAUACUGGGGAAUAAAGACGAGCAGAAUCAAGGAUCAGGGCCGGGGUACAUCCACCCACAUUCACCCAAACGCUCCCCCCAGAGACCAACAUCUCACCUGGAGAGCCACCUCACCCACUCCCCAGGCUUUCCACAAGCAGGGUCUCCCCAAGUAGGCCCAAGUCUGGCCGGAGCACCCUACUCCAUCCCCCACCCCUCCAAACCUGUUCCCUCGCCUCUCUCGGCUUCACCACAUCAUUCCUCUUCAUCCCAGAACCAAGCACGUUCUCCGAUGUUAUCCGCCGCCCUCUCCUCUCGACCCGGGUCUACUUGGCACGAGGUAUCGCGAGCUCAACAGCUCCAGCAAAUGGCGUCCAACUCCAACAAACACCUUUCCUCCAACACCCCUAUCCCCCAGAACCAGACCCAGAAUCAACCCCAGACCCAGGCCUCUAUGCCUCCUCUAUCCCAGCAAGGCUCACCCUGGGGUGGGCAGAAACUCCCCAACUCCUCCCCGCUCCACCAACAACCAUUCAGCCCGGCUGGAAGCAUUCAAAGCCCCCAGGGUUCAAUGUCGAUCUCCAUCCUGGCUCCAGCUCCGUCCGCAGGGCCUUCACCACCCUACCGCCCAGAUAAGCUAGGCAGUCCGGCUCUCGCCCAACCCCCCUUUAGCCCACAGAGUACCCUUCUACCUUUAGGAAACACCAGCACAUCCAGCACUUCAUCCAACAUCCAGGGGUCACAAGCCAACUACAUGCCCAGUGGAGGUGCACCGACAUCAGGCUCCACAAGGCCAUCGCCCCCCUACCGAACCGACAAGCCUCACCAAAGCCCGGCGCUCCAGUCCCAGCAUCAACCUCAACCCCAGAACCAACCUCUACCCCUACCCCUACCCCUACCCCAAACCCAACAACCACAUCCAUACAGCACCCAGAACGGGUCAGGACCCAACAACAACAUGUCGAGUCAGCUCUACAAAGCCAUGACGGCGGGUCAACCCAGCAGCCUCAAGCUACUCAUGCAACAACAACAACAACAACAACAUCAACAACAACAACAGCAACAUUCAAAUACGCAACAGCUACAGACGAACGCCCAACUGGGCCAACACCCGUCCAUGUCCAAACCAUGUGCUGGUGGAGUCCCGCACCAGGAACCCUCAUAUUCCUUCACCAACACGAAGCCCCUCCGCCAUUUUGACCUGGACCCCCAGCAUAAGAUGGGAGGAGGGGGUGGACCCCCUAUGGGCCCUGGACAGGGUGGACCCCCCAACCCCAUGGCUGGUUACCGUGGAAUGCAGCAUGGUGGUGCAGCCGGAACACCCUCGUCAGUAGCAGCGAACCAUGCCCAUCUAUUGCAACAGAGGAUGCAGCAGAGAGCAGCAAUGCAGCAGGCCGCAGCAGGAAUCAUGGGGCCACAACACUGUAGAGAGGAGCAGACCCCAGGCAUGGUCUCGCGUCUCCAGGACCCAUCAGUCCCCCGUCCAGCCCAGACCACCACCAACUACAACCUGCUGCUGAAGAGCCAGCUCAUAAGGAAACACCUCCAACAGGAGCAGAAGAGGCAGAUGGAACAGAUGAACGGACCACAGAUGGCUGAGUGUCAGCAGGGGGCACCGUUUACAGGUGGUGGUCGGCCUCUCCCCCCAGAUUGUGGUGGUGGCGGAGGCUACCCCAUGGGCGGUCCCCAGCUAUCCCACGGAGGUCCCCUCCCUUCUGGGCCCGGCCGCCUCUCCCUUCCCCCUGGCCAUCCAGGCCACCCCGGACCCCCAGGAUCUCUCACCCAAGUGGGCCGCCCAAUAGGAGGCUUCAUGGGUGGGCCUCCAGGUUCCAAGCAGUCCCUCUACCAUCCUCCACAGGGGGGCGAGUUUGUUGGUGCCGGUGGUAUGCCAAUGAGACAGCCACAGUUACCGCACGGCAUGAUGGGAAUGGGCGGUCUGGCUGGCCCUCCAAGACCAGGAAUGCAGCAGCAGGUGUCCAGGACAGGGAUGACAAUAGGGGGUUCGGUGCCCGGGUCGGGGCCUGGAUCGGGGUUACCGCCUGGUCACCCCCAGCACCCACAGCAUCUACGCCAGGCUCUGCAUCAUGGUGGUGGAGGAGCGCCACUCCCACGAAUGAUGUUCACCGCCCAGCAAGCACAUCAACAACAACAACAACAGACUGCAAUGUGGCCUCCGCAGCAACAGGGGGGGAUAGUGAACGCCCUGCAGCAGUGCAUGCCUUGCGGUGACUCCCACAUGGACCAGUCGGCCAAUCACCAGCAGCUGCGUGGGCAUGUUUUUCCUGGAGGGGCCGGGGCUUCAAACGGAAGUUGUGGUCAGAACCCUAACGCCCAGUUUACCCAGCAGGCAUUGCGGUCGGGGAUGCCCGGGGUCGGUGGCGGUGGGAACAAUUUCGCCCCCCACCAAGGACCUCCGUCGUUACCCUCCAACCAGGGGGUCGGGGUGCCUUCCUUACCUAGUAGACUGAUGCAGAAGCUGGGUGUCUCCGUGGCAGGGCAGCCCCUACCCUCCAUGGUCCACCAGGGGCUCCAGGCCGGUAUGCGACCCAGGGGACCCCUCUCUGCCCUGGCCGGGAUGAAGCCCGGUCCUCCUGGUAUGAUCCACCCAGGCCACGGCAUGGCCCCACCAAGCUACCCUGCCUCUGGGGCCGCCAUCGCAAAACACCCCCAUUCUCAUCCACACCAACAUCAACACCCCCAUGGGCCUGGAUAUGGACCAGGACAGGGGAACCCCGGACACAAGCUACCCCCAUAUGAAUACAGUCAGCAGGGGCAGAGCAAUGGGGGGAUGGGGGGUAGGCCGGGAGGAGGUGGAGGAGGAGGGGAGGUAGACUUUAUUGACACUCUGGUGGGGUCCAAUGAAGACUGGCUGAACAACCUGACUAUGAUAGACGAGUACCUGGAGCAGAAUUCAUAG